AUGGACCCGACCCAAGAAGCGAUCGAUAUCACGCCUGCACCCGACAGCCGGGAGUCUUCAAAAGACAACAAAUAUCCGGAGGGAGGCCUGCAAGCAUGGUCGGUUGUAUUGGGAGCAUGGUGUGCGAUGAUCCCCUCGAUGGGGUUAUUAAACAGCUUGGGUAUUCUCCAUGCCUGGACCAGCGCACAUCAAUUGAAGGACUAUUCCGAGUCGAGCAUCGGUUGGAUCUUUGGGGCAUACGGAUUCUUUCUGUAUCUUGCAGGAGCGCAAGCGGGGCCUAUCUUCGAUGCCUUUGGCCCUAGAUAUGUGGUGAUUCCAGGAUCCAUUGGCACCGUGGCUUCAUUGUUAUGCUUGAGCUUCAGCAAAGAAUACUACCAGAUCUUUCUCUCCUUCAGUGUCCUUGGGGGCCUGUCCGCCUGUACGCUUUUUACACCAGCCGUCUCCGCCGUUGGCCAUUGGUUCCAGAUCCGUCGUGGUUGGGCAACAGGGGUCGCCUGUACAGCUGGGGGCGUGGGAGGGGUGAUAUUUCCUUUAAUCAUCCUCUUUGCUGCCCCAAAGGUUGGAUUUGGGUGGGCAAUACGUAUAAUUGCGCUCCUCAGUGCCGUUUUGUGCACUGUCGCUUGUCUCUUGCUGAAGACCCGGCUACCUUCCAAUACGAGAGCUGGCGCGACUGUGGAUUUUCGAGCGCUGAAGGACAUCAAGUACGCAUCGACGACUGCGGCCAUAUUCUUGGUUGAAUUUGCCGUAUUUAUUCCGAUAACGUACAUUUCAUCCUAUGGAGUACAUCAGGGUCUCAAAGACACCAUGGCCUACCUCCUGAUUCCCUUCUUGAAUCUGGGUGCAAUCCCCGGGAGGUUUCUUCCGGGACUGAUCGCUGAUCGUGUCGGUCGCUUCAACGUGAUGGUGCUGACAUCGCUUAUCUGCUCGCUUUUAACCCUCGCUUUAUGGCUGGAGGCGUCGAACAAUCUCCCUUCUAUUAUCUGCUAUGCAGUCCUUUUUGGAUUUUGGAGCGGGGCCGCCAUCAGCCUAACUCCGGUGUGCAUCUCUCAAGUAUGUGCCACGGAAGACUAUGGAAAGCGGAAUGGAACCACCUUCACCAUUGUCAGCGUUGGCACCUUGGUGGGGAUCCCGAUUGCGGGGGCGAUUCAAGAACGAGACGGUGGAGAAUAUGGAGGCCUUAUUGUGUUUGGUGGUGUCCUUUAUCUGACCGCCACGGUGGCGUUUGUUGUCGCUCGAGGUAUAUGCGCUGGGUGGUCCUUAAAGACCAAGUUCUAG